GCCGAGCGGUGGUGCGGGCUGCGGGAGGGACGCGCGAGCCGGAGUGAUCCGAGCGAUCAAGUGAUCGCGAGGGAGCUGAAGGAUGUGCGGGCCGAAGUGGGACCGUACCCUUGGAACUGCACUAAUCCCUUGGAACUGUUCCGAGACGCGAUGAGUUACCCCUGUGUGUCUCUUUUGGCUCCACCUGCUCCCCAAGGUCUUGCCCUUCCCCAGGAUGGAGCCCCGGGAAACCAGGUCCUGGCAGUCCCUCUUGAGAUGCCGGAGGCCCAGGAAUUGGUGCCGUCUGAUGAUGUGGAGCGGUACCUCACAGAAAGGGAGUGGUUGAAGCUGAACCCUGAACAGAGGACACUGGCAUAUUACGGGAACGUGACUUCUGUGGCAGGAGUGCCUGUUUUGGAUCCUACCUUGGUCUCCCACCUGGCGCAAGGACAAGUGUUGUUGGUGUCAGACCCAACCCUCAGCAUGGAUCAAGCUAAGCACCCCGAGAGCACCUCUGUGACCCGCCACCAGACAAUGGGUGAAGAAACCCAGCCACAGGAGAUGGCAACCGUGAGCUCCCCCAGGGCCAGUGACCCCAGUGCUGAGGUCAAACAGAAUAGGGACUCUGAAGGCAGGGGAGGGAGCCCACCACGGGAGCUGCCCAUAGAACACCACUUUGCGUGUAAAGAGUGUGGGGACACCUUUCGGCUGAAAGUGCUCCUCGUGCAGCACCAGAGGGUUCACAGUGAGGAGAAGGGGUGGGAGUGCGUCGACUGCAGGAGGGUCUUCAGGGGGGUGGCUGCGUUCAACGAGCACAGGAAGAGCCACAUGGCCGCUGCCGAGCCCCGACCUGGCCCCAGCUGGGCCCGAGACGACACCACCAGUGAGCAGAGGGAGCAGCUGGAGAGGGAGGCGAUGCCCUUCGAGUGUGAGGAGUGCGGGAAGAGGUUUAAGAAGAACGCCGGCCUCAGUCAGCACCUGCGGGUGCACACCCGCGAGAAGCCCUUCGACUGCGAGGUGUGCGGGCGCACCUUCUCCGCGCACACCCACCUCUUCCGGCACCAGAACCUGCACGCCGCCGAGAAGCCCUUUGGGUGCAGGGCGUGCAGCAGGGAUUUCCUCGACCGCCAGGAGCUGCUCAAGCACCAGCGCGUGCACACGGGCCACCUGCCCUUCGACUGCGACGACUGCGGCAAGUCGUUCCGCGGCGUCAUUCUUGGUCCACCUGCCACCAGCUUGCUCUUCCCUCUGGAGGUGGCUCCAGGGCUGGCCCUGGCUGUGUACCAGAGCUGCUCACUGCCCAGUGGGCCACCGGUGCUCCAAGAGCCCCUCAGUGACAAGCUGUGUCACUUCCACAGGGCAGCCAGGGAAGUGUCCUUGGGGGGUGUGCGGGACAGGACAGGUGAUGCAGCCCUCGCCGACCCCCCCUCAGCCCGGCCCCAUUCCCCCCAGAGGGAAGCCAUGGAGAUGACCGAUCAGAUCGUCCACUGGGUGUGGGAGGACCCGUUGGGGCUGGGCCGGCCCCAGCUCGCGGGAACCCCAGCUGCUGAGCCCAUGGCGGUGUCCAUGAUGCUGCUGAGUCUCGUGGAGCAGCUGGGGGACGAGGACGAGGUGCUGAUACGCUGA